AUGAAUCAAGGCCUGGAACGUGGUUGUGCUUUACUGGGAUGUUUUAGCUGCUUACCUUUUGGUCUACAACUAGGGGCCGGUCAAAAUGUUACAGACAAAUUCCAUAUAGAAGAAAGAAACGAAUCGACAACAGAAAGACUAUUAAGAGAUAACAGCACGAGUGCUCAUAUUUUCAGUGAAUCUUCCACAUCUGGAAAAACUAUUGGCAAAAUCCCAGUUGUAAAAGGGCUCGUUCUCUUACUCAUGAUAGCUGCUGGCCUUGUUGCUGGAGCAUUAGUUUGUGCUUUCUUUCUCUGGCUUGCAUCCAAGAAGCUAGUCAUUCCAACUCAAUACGAAACAGUUAAUGUGGCACCACGAAAAAAGGAAGAAGGAUUGCAAGAGCUGCGAGAAGAUCCGACACCUUCAUCUAAAUCGCAGCAACCAGUACGGAAUGAAACUGUACCUACUAAACUUGUAGGAGUAGACUUUCAAGACGGAAAUGCAGUGUACACUCCACCUUCACAAAAAGAGGAAAGUUAUGGUGAACAUGGAUUAUCAGAUGUAAGCAAGGAGAAGCCAAAAGUAGAGAUCACAGCCUUGCAAGAUGAAAAAAUGCUCCUCAAUUCAGUCACGUCUAAACGGAUUGAAUCAGACUUUGAGAAAACGAAAAUGCCUAAUCCAGAAAAAAGUAGGAGAUCUACGGUUGCCGACAAUUCAUUUGAUUCACACAAAAAGGAAACCGGAAUGGACGAGCUUCUCAAGAUUGUAGAGGAAUGA